AUUGGAAACAGUCAUGCAAUAUUCUGGAAUUAAUAAAUUAAAAUAAUUUUAGUCUGUUGUUUGGGAAUGCUAAUUUUUAAUUUAAAUUGAAAGUGUAAACAAUUUUUUAACUGGCCUAAAUUUUAGUGAAACUUCUAGAGUAUAGCUCGGCCCAAAAGUAUGACAAAUACCGAGGUAGACACCAAUCAAAAUACGCAAAAUAAUGAGUCUUGCCGUUGUACCGAAAAUGAAGGAACCAGUCCUAGCCAUGUAGGUGGGGAGAAACCAUCUAAGCAUGCAGUUGGCGAAACUCAGAACCCGUACCGUAAUCCCUCAUGCUACGCCGUUGUAGAAAGAACAAAACGAUAUGUGAACACAAUCGCUGGCAAAAACAAUGAGAAUGUCGCCUUACUCAAGAAAAUAGUGAGGGACUCGAAUUCGUUGAUUGGAUACCUUAAAAAAGUCCAGGAACCUUACAGCCCAUCGGGUCCCCCACCAUGGCAACAAGCUCAUAGAGGACGGGGUCGCUCACAGCGUCCAUAUUACCCGGGUUAUUCGGAGGACUCAUAUUCAGACUUCAUUUACGACCCCUAUGAUUUCCAUAAGCCACCAAGAAGUUGGCGAAAACCGCCUGUUUGGCCGAGACGAAAAAGACCAUGGGAAUAUUGGAGGGAAUAUUCGCGUGAUCUGUUCGAAUUCUGCAAACCAUAUUGCCGAGACUAUUCGACUGGCGACGAAGAGUACAGAUAUCGAGGGCGCUUAUAUGAUCCUUAUGACUUUGAUGAUGCUAGACCAAUAAGCAGAACGGGAUCUAUGAAGGGAGAAACUACUCGAACGAAAAAACCGAAGGACAAAAAGGAUCGAAAAAGAUGUGACAGAAAGGAAGACAAUGGUUCCCAGUAUUCAGGCCGGGUCUCCGAGUUAGGCAGAAAAUCUAAACAAGAUUGUUGUCUUAAGAAAAAACAAAUGAAGAAAUACUUAUCUGAUGAGUUUGGACAUUCUGGUGAACCUAAAAGCCGGAAAGACCGGGAUUAUAGAGAAAGAACGGAGGAUUGUCGAAAAUAUUCCAGUGUAGCUCCUAAAGAGCGCAGUAAGCCGGAUCAUAAGAAGCGAAUGGAGGGACGAGAGGGAAGAAAGGAAGCUUGUUACUAUCAAGCGCAAAAUAUAUCUACGGAUAGAGUAGAAGGCAAACGAGGUGGAUUCGACGAAGAUAAUUCACAAGGAGAAAGUUCUAGUUUUCGGGGGAGACACAAGAAAGAUUCACGAAAACGUGGAAAUAAAUUAUGCACACAAAGGAUAUCAGGUUUUGAACUAAGUUCAGGAGGAGAAGAAUUUAUGGAGAAGGGUCGAGAGAGACUUCCUUCUAGAGGAGGCCCUCAUGAUAAACACCCUCCAAGAGGAGAUCCUCGUGAUAGAAUUCCCCCAGGACGAGAUCCACGUGACAUACAUCCCCCAAGACGAGAUCCUCGUGACAUACUUCCUCCAAGAAGAGAUCCACGUGACAUAUAUCCCCCAGGAAGAGAUCCUCGUGACAUAUAUCCCCCAAAAAAAGAUCCUCGUGACAUACUUCCCCCAAGGAGAGAUCCUCGAGACCUACUUCCUCAUGAAAGACCUCCUCGAGACCUACUUCCUCAUGAAAGACCUCCUCGAGACCUACUUCCUCAUGAAAGACCUCCUCGAGACCUACUUCCUCAUGAAAGACCUCCUCGUGACAUAUAUCCCCCAGGAAGAGAUCCUCGUGACAUAUAUCCCCCAGGAAGAGAUCCUCGUGAUAUAUAUCCCCCAAGAAGAGAUCCUCGUGACAUACAUCCUCCAAGAAGAGAUCCUCGUGACAUACUUCCUCAUGAAAGAGGUCCUCGUGACAGACUUCCUCCUGGUAGAGACCCUCGUGACAGGCUUCCACCUGGAAGAGAUCCACGUGACAGGCUUCCACCUGGAAGAGAUCCACGUGACAGACUUCCUCCUGGAAGAGACCCUCGUGACAUACUUCCCCCUGGAAGAGAUCCUCGUGACAUACUUCCUCCUGGAAGAGAUCCUCGUGACAAACAACCUCCUGGAAGAGAUCCCCGUGACAGACAACCUCCUGGAAGAGAUCCCCGUGACAGACAACCUCCUGGAAGAGAUCCCCGUGACAGACAACCUCCUGGAAAAGAACCUCAUGGGAGUGAUCAUGUUUCCACAGAAUCAGAAACGGAAUCUUUCGAUUCCGAAUCAAGCGAAGAACUAGAUUCAGGGUAUGAAAUUAAGAACAGAUGCAUUAGACCAUCUAGCGAUAGCUCAAGCCAACCAUCAUUAAGCGAAAUCCUAGUAGCCAGUCAGGAACAACGAGGAAAGGUAAAUCGUCAAACACAAUCACAAAAUCGAGGACGACUGCCUGGAGUGAAAGAAUCUGCAAGAGGACCACUUGGAAAAGGUCACCGCCCAGAAGCUGAUCGUCGAAGAGAACCUCAUGGAAGAGUACCCUAUGGAAGAGAACCUUAUGGAAGAGAACCUUAUGGAAGACAACCUUAUGGAAGAGAACCUCAUGGAAGAGAGCCACGUGGAAGAGAACCUCGUGGAAGCGAACCUCAUGGAAGGGAACCUCGUGGAAGCGAACCUCAUGGAAGGGAACCUCGUGGAAGCGAACCUCAUAGAAGAGAACCUCGUGGAAGCGAACCUCAUAGAAGAGAACCUCAUGGAAAAGAACAUCGUGGAAGACAUGGUUCCCGCGGCGACCCUCGACAUCCACCUUCAAGCGAAUUGAGCUAUAGCGAUCUGAGCAUUGAAAGUGCACCACCAAAACUACCUCGUAAAUCAACAGAGAAAGAUAGCCCACGAAAAGGCUCAACGAAAAAAGAGCAUGAAAAAGAACAAGGGCGUGGACGAGAGCGAGGAUCUGAAAAAGAACGAGGACGUGAAAGAGACAAGACACGAAAAGAAGAUUAUCAGAAGAAAAUCGAAGACAGACGAAAAUCCAAAGGGAAAAAACCGAACAAGGGAAAACGACGUGAGGAAGACAGUUCUAGUUCUAGUUACUACGACACUUACAUCGGUGGAAAAGAUACUUUCGAUAUAAUUCCAGAUGCUGACCCUGGUCCGGCAGGUUCUACAGCACUUCCCUCCGAGUUUGAUCAACCAAUAAAAAAACGAAAUUUAGAAAGAACUCAAAGUAUGAAAGCUACCGAUAUCGGACCAUACAACAAUUUCCCGAAUGAACCAGACUUACGAAAAGUGUUCGGACCUAUUUGUCAAACCGUUUUCUACACACAAAAUAAACCAGAAGACAUCAUAUCGCAUAUCAUGAAAGAAGUCAAGGAAAGAAAGCCUGGUGAACCGUUCUAUAUGCCUUAUCGUUUUUGGCGGUACGAAGAAAGUGAGGAAGCCGUAGUAAAACUUGAACCACGUUUGAUUCCACCCCCUGAAGGCAUAAAAUUGACGUUUAACUUUAAGAACACCGAAGAUUUCGACAAAUCUACCAAAGUUCUCCUGCCGGAAACAAUGGGACAUCUUGAUACUCAUAUCAAGGAGGUUCUUAUGUGGGAAAAGGAAGUAGUGGAAAUGGUAAAAAAGGCACAAACCCAAUACGACCAGUUCUGGAAAUUUGUCAUGAAAGAGAAAGACUCCUGAGGUAGGGUGGGUGCAGGUUUCGCAAUAGCUGUCAUUCCUUCAUAAUUACAAUUCACAGCUUCGAGUAUUUUAACUUUUUAGAAUGUUCAAAAAUUUUAUUUUGUGUUUUAAUAAAUUCUUAGUACAU